AUGGCAUCCAUUGUGUUCAUUGCGGCGCUCAUUGCGACUGCGGUCUCAAAGCCACUUCCUUUUCCCACGCCGCCUCCCGAUGAUCAAGGAGAGACAUCGCCGUCACAGUCAGGCUGCACCACUGUUCUGACAUCCUCAAUCCGGGGCUUCAACGGCAACUGGACUCCAUUUAUCGAAGAGACUGUCUACACGGCAACCGACACGAUCUACCACCGUGUGCCUUGCAAUGGCUGUGUGCUAUCCAUCACAACGGAGCUGGUCAAACCAUGGGGAGGAGUUGGGCCCAUGGAGCAGGUGACUGCUACUGUUACUGCUGCUGAGCCCUUCCGCACGACAAAAACCAUCUGCUCGAUAACUUCAACACCCGUGCAUCCAGCAAUUCCGCGCGGUGCACUCAUGGGAGAUGUUGAUGCUGGUUCGGCAGCUGUGGAGAAUGUGGCCGUGCCCAAACCUCGAGAUGUUGAUACAAACAAUCCAGCCUGCACUUUCACCCAGCCUGUACCACUCAAGCCCACAUUUGGUCCAACACAAACACUCUGGACAAUAACAAAGACACACACAAGUCAUGUCGACUGCAAAGGUUGCAUGCAUGUCGCCACAAGUACGCUCAAUUUCCUAAAUCAUGGCCCGGUUGUCCACUUCACAGCAACAGAGACAGCAAAAACACCGACAACUUCAACUAUAUAUGUCUGCCUCAAAACACCCAGUGUGACAGGCUCGACACCGACAAUGAAACCAAGGCCAUGA